AUGUUCUGGUUUUGGGCCGCGACACACGCUGCGCUCUGCGCGGCCUCGGCCACCGUCUUCGCCUACGGCGCGGGCGCGUUGGCGGAGGCUGCGAUCGAGCAGAUCCAAGAUGCGCAAAUCGAGGGGUUGAGGGAAGACUUCGAGGCGGCCCUGGAGCGAUCCUACCAGUCCUACUUUGGAGUACAUGGUCCCGUGAGGAAGUAUCUCAAUGUGGUGACCAAUUCUUCUCCCUUCGUGGUUCAAGCUGCUGCCAUGGCCUUCUGGGCUUAUGAUUUAGAGUACUUUGAAGAACGAUGGGCUUCAGAGGAUUGGGCUGGUGGUUGGCAGGUUGUGAAGAAGUACAUCAACACUACGAGCAAGUCUUUGGCUCCCGGAUUAGACGUGGUGGCACUCUUCCGUCGUGGCGAUGAAUGUGUCCUAUCCUUUGCUGGAACCACCGGCUUGGCAGAUUGGACCACCAACCUGAAUAUCAAAAGUCUGCAAAGUUUGCCUGCAUGUGGCUUGCGCAACGUCCAUGAAGGUUUCUUCGAAGAUUUCCUGCAGUUCAUGCUGGGCGAUGCCUGGAGCGAUGGCAUGGAACCCGAAAUCUUAUCAGAAUGUGGAGGACGUUUGUCAGUUGCUGGACACUCUCAAUGCUGA